CGAUCAUCGACCUCCGCUCGCCGAUGGCGGCCUCGCUCCUCGCUUCAGCGUCGUUCGCCUUCCUCCACGCUCCAAUCCGCCCGGCAGCGGCGCAGCCGCUCGGGCCUGCUCUCUUCCCUCGGCUCGCCCAGCCCGCCGCGCUCCUGCUGCCGGAGCAAUUACCAUCGGCGCUCGUCGCCGACUCGCUGCUCGACUCGGUGGGAGGCGUGGCAGCGGCGGGCGUGGGCGCGGUGCUGCUGAUCGCGCUCCUCGCUGGCAAGGGCAACAUGGCCUCGGGCGCCGCGCUCAUGGUCCUCUUCCUCGGCGGCGACCCAGACGAGCGCGACGCGUCGGGCGCCAACGAAAACAAGCUCCUCAAGGAGUUCGCGCUGUCGAUCACGCCGUCGGCGUGGAAGAAGGCGUACCAGGGCGAGGGCGCCGAGGACGGAGAACCCGCCGCGCUCCUCGACCUGCCCGCCUGGCAGGGCGAGGAGGCGCGGGAGCUGACCGAGCCCGAGGCGGUCACCUGCGUGCAGCAGAUGCAGCUCGCGCCGAUCACCGUGCCGUCGGUCGGGCCGGUCGAGACCUGCUACCUGAGUCUGACGCCCGAGGCGCCGGCGGAGGCGCCGCCGGUGAUGCUGAUCCACGGCUUCGACUCGAGCCUGCUCGAGUUCCGCUACCUCACCCAGCCGCUGCUCGACGCCGGGCUGCGCGUCGAGGCGAUGGAGUGGUGGAGUGGCGGCUUCACGGCGCGCGCGCCCUUCACGGAGGCGAUCUCGGCGGGCAAGGCCGAGCCGUGGGACCUCAUCCGCGAGCACCAGCUCGCCUUUUGGAAGCGGCAGCUCGGCGACACUAAGGUGACGCUGCUCGGCGCCUCCCUCGGCGGCGCCGUCGCCCUCGACUUCGCGGCGACGCACCCCGAGUGCGUCGACCGGCUCAUCCUGAUGGACGCCGGCGGAGAGAGCUACGCGCAGCCCGAUCCCUUCCUCACCUCGCUCGCCGCCGACCCCGUGACGAACCUCUUCCAGUGGCGCGCCACCAACGGGUUGCUGCCUUACCCGCACGUCUGGGCCAAGGAGGAGGGCUGGAGGCAGGCGCUGCAGGCGUACCUGCGCUCGGGGGGGUACCAGAACCGCGUCUCGGAGCCGCUGAUCCGGACGGUGCCCCAGCCCACCCUCGUGCUCUGGGGCGAGGAAGACGACGUCCUCCCCGUCGAGGACGCGUUCAAGUACCAGGAGCACCUCCCAGACUGCGUGCGCGUCGAGCUCAUUCCCGACGCGCAGCACGCGCCUGCUCUCGAGAACCCGGCCUACGUCGCCGACGCGAUCGUGCGCUUCGCGACGGCGGCGGACGUGCGGGAGGACACGCGGCAGCCUCAGCCAGCGUGAAGGGCGGGGAGGGGCGCGACACGUCCCCGCCCAACCACGCAGCGCAACGACUGCGCAAAUCCGCCAUGGCACGUCGCGGCUCUCGCGGCGCGGACUGUCUUGGACCUCUGACUCAGCUCUGACUCAAACCGCCUAGCGCCUAGACCCGCCUAGUCGCGCGGCGGCUCUGAGUCGAUGUGUCUCCUUGUCGGGUCGCUUCGUUGUACGGCUUUAUAAAGCGGCCUACGGCUUUGUGAC